GCCGGGUCUGCACGGAGUAGUGCGCUCGUGGACGCCGCGAGUUUGUGUCGUCGCGCCCGGUUUGUUUGCGUGUGCGUUGUUGUUGUUGUUGUUGUUGUUGGUCGCGAUAUUUUUUUAUUUUAUCUCGCUUACGCAAUUUCAAUCCGCCCACCCAUCCACCCCUUGAGUCGUCGUCGUCGAGAGGUGAACGCCACAGCGGCGCGUGUCUCGGCCAGCAGUUGUCGGCGGCGGCGGCGACGACGACGACUAUACGACUUUCGAGUGUCCGGUGGUGCACAUACGGUGCAGUGUCAGUGUGUAUUACUCGCUCUCGACGCGCAUUUCUCGACCGGGGGGCUAGCCGCGGCAGAGUUUUGUUGUUCGUCGGCGUUUCGUUUUCGUUCCGACGACGACGACCGCGACGUUUCAGUCAGUUGAUGCUGCCUUUCGAGCGUGUGUUAUUGAUCAACGUCGGUCGCGGAGCAGUAUAGGCGGCGGCGGAGGGCCAUACGAACGGUUGUGGUGUGCGCGGAAAGGGUGGACGACACCACCGCCACCGCCACCACACCGCCCACCGUCAUCGCACACACACCGCCACUACACCGCCCGUCAACAAUACGCGCUUUUAGUCAUACAUGACGUGUAAUAGUAACAGCGUUAAGUGUAGUGUUAGUAAUAGUAGUAGUAGUGUGGCCACUGCUGCACCGGAACCAUCGCCGCCGAGGCAUGUGUCGUUAUCGUCUGCCGUCGUCGACGUCGUUCAUUAACGGAUAUCGUCGCCACAAUGGUCAAGUGUCGUGUCGUCGGACCCGCGUGUUAUCGGCAGCAACAGCAACUUCAGCAGCAGCAGUGCUCGUUUGAUCGCGUCCGAUUGCAAGUAGUCGUGGAUCGCCCGCGGAAAAAGUCCCGGAAACGAUGGAUGUCGGCCGGGACUCAGCUGCAGAUGGCUCCGCAGGCUGGCCAAAUGCACCUACCACACCCUCAACCGGGGAGUACUAUUCAUAGCCAAGACUCGAAUAUGAGUACAGGUUCGUCGCACAGCGAUAAGGAGCAGGACACUCCGGAAAAAGCCAACAGUAUCACUCGCACUCCUACCGAGCGCAAGCGCAAACGGAAAAUAGACGAUAUAGCUAGCAACAAGCAACAGCAGCAGCAGCAACCGCAACCACCAAAUAUGGUGGUUGGGGGGCCCCCUCCACCCCCGCCAAGGUCGGUCGCCGACACCAAGAAAAUAAACGACUACUUCACCAAGCAUGGCGCCCAUCCCGUGUCCAACCCGAUAAGACACGGCGGGGCCAAGUCACCGUCGCCAGGCGGACCGCCACAACAAGGUUACCCCAUGUUUAAUCCGGCGAGUGGGCCUCAAGCAUUGAGUCCCGUACUGACUCCGGACUAUGUUUCCAUACUCCACCCACCUAGGAUUAACUCUAGUUCCAUUACAAAAUGUAUACAGACUGAUUUAACGAGUCAUGCAAUCCAAGAGUUUGAAUGUCAGGCUUCUUCGGAUUUGGAACUCAGAAAUAAUAAAAUUGAUGAUUUGAAUAGGACAAAUGAAGAACUGAAACACCAAUUAAGCAGUCAACAGAAAACAAUCGAGCAGCACAAGUCGCAUAUAAAUAAGUGCAUUGAAGUGGUGAAGAAGCUGUUGAAAGAAAAGUCAAAUAUUGAAAAAAAAGAAGCAAGACAGCGGUGUAUGCAAAACAGACUUCGACUUGGUCAAUUUGUAACGCAAAGGGUUGGUGCACAAUUUCAAGAAAAUUGGACUGAUGGCUAUGCAUUUCAAGAAUUGUCUAGAAGACAAGAAGAAAUAACAUCAGAAAGAGAAGAGAUUGACCGACAAAAAAAGAUGCUGGUCAAAAAGCGGCCAUCAAAUAGCGAAACUGGUGGACGCAAACGAGCUAGUAGUCAGUCGGGUACAGGAAGUAGUAGUUCGAGUACUAACAGUGUACCUAUCAAUUCAACACCCUCAGUUUCUACACCACCCAUAACGCUACCCAGUGCAAGUAUCAACAAUAACCAAGUGACUGGUGCUACAACAGGUACGGUCUUGCACAACGGUACUGUAGCCCCAUCGUCCGCAUUGGACACAGCAACGUUCCUAAAGCCAGAAGCUGUUCCGGGUUUAUCGUGGCAAGAGUAUUAUGAAGCAGAUGAGAUACUCAAGUUGCGACAGUCAGCAUUGAAAAAAGAAGAUGCUGAUUUGCAGCUAGAAAUGGAGAAGUUGGAGCGAGAGAGAAAUUUACACAUAAGGGAACUGAAAAGGAUUCAUAAUGAAGACCAAUCUAGGUUCAACAAUCACCCUGUGUUAAAUGACCGUUAUUUGUUGCUCAUGUUGUUGGGGAAAGGUGGCUUCAGUGAAGUCCACAAAGCGUUUGAUUUAAAAGAACAACGUUAUGUAGCAUGUAAGGUUCACCAACUGAAUAAAGACUGGAAAGAGGAUAAAAAGGCUAAUUAUAUAAAGCAUGCACUGCGAGAGUACAAUAUUCAUAAAUCUUUGGACCAUCCAAGGGUUGUUAAAUUGUAUGAUGUGUUUGAAAUAGAUGCAAAUUCGUUUUGCACUGUACUCGAAUAUUGUGAUGGACAUGAUUUAGAUUUUUAUUUAAAACAGCACAAGACGAUAGCUGAACGAGAAGCUAGAUCAAUAGUUAUGCAAGUGGUAUCCGCACUUAAAUAUUUGAAUGAGAUCAAACCUCCUGUGAUACAUUAUGAUUUAAAACCUGGAAACAUAUUACUAACUGAAGGUAAUGUCUGUGGUGAAAUAAAAAUCACAGAUUUCGGCCUUAGUAAAGUGAUGGAUGAAGAAAAUUAUAAUCCAGAUCAUGGAAUGGACCUAACAUCACAAGGAGCUGGAACAUACUGGUAUCUGCCACCAGAAUGUUUUGUAGUUGGUAAAAACCCACCUAAAAUAUCAUCUAAAGUUGACGUUUGGAGCGUUGGUGUAAUAUUUUAUCAAUGUCUGUACGGCAAAAAGCCUUUUGGUCAUAAUCAAUCUCAAGCUACAAUUUUAGAAGAAAAUACAAUAUUAAAGGCUACUGAAGUACAGUUUGCCAACAAACCUACCGUCAGUAAUGAAGCUAAGAGCUUUAUUCGUUGCUGUCUUGCGUACCGUAAAGAAGAUCGUAUUGAUGUGUUCACCUUGUCUAGGCAUGAAUACCUACAACCACCAUUACCAAAACAUGGCCGUCAGUCAGCCAACAAUCAACAACAGCAGCAGCAACAACAACAACAGCAGCAACAGCAGCAGCAACAAAUAUCAGCUGCUAAUUUUGCAUCUGGCAUGUUCGGUAACAUGAAUGCAUCUAGUUCAUCCUAAGACCAAGAUAGUUAACAAUAAUUACUAAAUAAUUAUAUAUAAUAUUAUGUGAACGGACAAUAUGUUAAACACGCCUUGUGCCAUUUGGAUUAAAUUAUUUGACCAAAUAAAAAAUGGUGUUCACAAACGGCCUUAGGAAAUUUUAAUUGAAUGAUCAUUAUUAUUAUAAUAUUAUUAUAUGAAUGUACUAGUCAAAUCGUUUUUGUCACUGCUGCAAAUGAGUUCCUGAGUACAUUUAUGAUUAUGUUUUACUAUUACCUAAAAUUAAAAUAGUGAUACUUGUUUUAGAAUCACUUGAUUCUUGCAGAACACAAUUUUAACUGUACUCUGUACACACUAUGAAAGUAAGAUUAGAUUUUGAUAAAAAAAAAUGUGAAAAAGAAUGGAAGCUUUAAUUUAUAUACUAUUUUCUGCGAAUACCUAAUAUGUUAGAUUUCAUUAUAAUGAUAUAAUUGUCCCAUCAUCACAAUUUAUUUUUAUUUUUUGCUUUGUACAGUUUCACCAUUAUUAUUAUUAUUUUUUUUGUAUAUAUAUUUGUAUAAAAAUAUUUGUAUAUAUUAACUGAUUUUUUUUUUUUGUAAAUGACAUGUGAAUUCGAUAUAAGAAUUUCGACGAUAAAAUGUUAUUUAGUUUGUUUAUUGUUAACACAAAAAUGUUUAUUUUGUUGUGAUAAAAAAAAAAAAAAAUACGCGAAAAGAAAUUGUGGAGAAAAAGAAAUAUUAAUAUAUAAUAAUAA